UGAGAGAGGCCACUAACACCUCUUGGCAGACGUCAAGCAAACAACAGGACAUGCUUGACAAGGGCGUGUGUGUGUUUGACCGUUUGUGUGUAGAGCCAAGAUGAAUGGCGUGAUCCAAGCGCGAGGUCAAUCUCCAAUCACCAUCCCGAUCGUAUCUCCUCGAAUAACAAUGACCGCCACAUUACCUCCAUCCACUUGACAUUAAUCUACGAUACUCAUCAUGACCGACCCUUCAGGCAAAUCCUUGAACUCGUCGGCCUACGAAGUGGCCUCUUUCACGGAUAUCUUCUUUAACUAUUGCGUCUCCGGUAUCAAUUUCUCCUUACCGGGCAAUGGAGGUCACGAGUGCCAUGAUUUUAUAGCCCAACCUCAAAGGUCUUAUGAGUGUGCCUUCGGUAUCCUCGUGAGUGUGAGCUCAUUGAUAAUCGGGCUGAAAAAGCAUAAGCCUCCGAGUCGACCUCGGAUUACCAAUCCUUACGUGUAUGACCCUUGGCGGAUCAUUCUACUUGUGAGCAUGACUUUUGUCUUUGCCAUGGAGUUGUGCUACAAAUUGGCCACCCGUCAAGCCAUUUUCAUUCUUCAGCCCUGCCAUAUCUUGUGCUUAAUCAUGAUGUUCUUGUUGGCUGCUCCGGCCACCAAUUCACGGGCAUUGACCUACUUAUUUCGGGUACAUAUUUAUUUCUUACACGGACCCAUUGUGGCCAUCGUAUUUCCCGUGACAAACACCCUCUUCUUGCCGUUUGAAGUGAGCACCUAUUGGUUGGAACACUUCUUUCUUAUGAUCAUUCCACUCUACUUGCUCCGGCAAGGAGGCGUGUUCACCAUGGAAAAGACGAUGGAUCUGACCUGGCCCUUGAUGUCGUUUGGUAUCUGGGGUAUCUAUCAUUUCAUAAUCCUCGAGUUCAUGUCGUUGUUCACGAUGGCCAACCUGAAUUCCAUGCUGUGUCCGGCGAUUACGGAUCCGUUCUACGGUCCCAAUUAUCGACUCUUCGCAUUGGGUCAUCAAUUUGCCUUGAACUUUCUGUCGGGCAAACUGUUUGGGCUCUUCGGUAAGGAUGAGGUGGACGAUUCCGAGGUUGGAGAGCUUCCCAAAAAACUUCGCCAUAAGUCAUCUUAAGGGAAUGUCCCUUGGCCAUAAGUUCCAGUCACAAAUGAAGAUCUCGAGUGGCCAAAUGCAGUGUCCAAAUAAAGACCCAGGCGGGUUUUGUGGCACUCUAGGCCAAUGUUUUGUCAAAUCAAUAUGCAAGCUUACUUACUUUCAAAUAUAUAUAAGUAUUGUUAUUAUCUCCUUGAUUGAA